GUCAGACGGAGGCUCCCGCCCCGCCACAGUGACGGUGGCUGAGGCAGGGCGAGCGAGCGGGCUGCGCGGCGUCCCCCGCGGCGAGCGGUCCGUCCAGGGUGUCCGAAGCAAGCGAGGGCGCGCCGCCCACGGGAACCCCCGGCAGGGCGGAGAACCGAGAAGAGGCCACCCGCCAAAGUGAGUUUCCAGCGGGGAGCCGGGGCCCGCCCGGCGAAGCCAGGACCGCGUCGAGCCCGACCAGAUGAUGGCCCGGGAUGAGCCGGGCAAGAACCAGGAGGACGGGAGGUUAGGUGCCCUGGUGUUGGCGGGAGUUGUUGAAUGGACUUCGGUGCGUCCCGCAGCCGCCUGGCGGAGAGGGACCUGAGACCGUGGACAACUCAGUCACCCCAUCUGUCUGAACCUUAGCUCCCCGCACUGAAAAUGGGGACAGUCGCUGGCAAGAAUCUAAAAGGCCUGAUUGCUGUCCUCUGAGUGGUGAACGAACCUCAAGGUUAAAACUCCGCCCACUGGGAUGCCGGCUACACCCAGACCUAUUCUCUGCGGGGGCUUCCCCGUCCGCCCGGGUUCGGCAGGAGGCAGCAGACCCCAGCACGGCUGUAGAGCCAGAGCGGAAAGCCGGGCAGAAAGAGCGAGCGGCGGAGGAGCCGACUGGCCUCGGGGUCCGCAGCCUGUGCAGGGCACGCCCGGCGGAGGCGAGGGUUAGCCGUGGCGCAUGCGCGCCGCGGGACCGACACCGCCCGGAACCAGCAGGCUCUGCCAGUGCGGGGAGGUAGCGCGCAGAAUCAGGAGGUGCUGGCGGCGGGGACCGCUUCCGGACACCAGCAGUAGAAUUGCAACCUUGCCAAUGGACCUGAUCGGUUUCGGUUAUGCGGCCCUUGUGACAUUUGGAAGCAUUUUGGGAUAUAAGCGGAGAGGUGGUGUUCCAUCUUUGAUCGCUGGUCUUUUUGUUGGAUUUUUGGCUGGCUAUGGAGCCUACCGUGUCUCCAAUGACAAGCGAGAUGUCAAACUAUCACUGUUUACAGCUUUCUUCCUGGCCACCAUAAUGGGUGUGAGGUAUAAGAGAUCUAAGAAAAUCAUGCCAGCUGGACUGGUUGCAGGUUUAAGCCUCAUGAUGAUUCUAAGACUUAUCUUACUGCUGCUCUGAGAAUCCAGAGGAACUGAAGACUAAAUUCACAUGAUUCUACUGUAACGGGCAGAGUAUACACUUUGGAUUUAAAAGAUAAACUUCAAGGUGGAAUAUUACGUGUCUUAUUUUAUGUUACAAACAACAGAAAUGUUCCAAAAUGAACACCAGUUUGAGGGAUUUUUUUUAAAAACUGAAAACUCAACUGUUUUCUACUUGUCAGAUAAUGGUCUUGUUAAAGAUAGUCAAUAAAUCGUUAUACAUGCUUUCA